UGUAAUCAAGCGAACCUCUUUAAUUCCCUUACUGACGUCGAUGUGUUCCUUCAAACGGGGAUUUCCUUGACUUCUCCGUUCCUAGUAUAUCCGGUGUUCGAGCACUAUCAUCCUCGUCGCCUGACUCCUCUCCUCGUCAGUCGUCAACCCCCUCCCCCCUCCCCCUGCUCGCAAAGGCUGGUGCAGGCCUGCGGGUGAACGAGUCUCGGUUCGAGUCGACCUCAGGACACCGACACGAACGCGUAUAUUCCUCGUCAGUUUCGCUCCGCAGGGCUCCAACUCCGCUCCGCUCCACACCGCCCCGGCACUCCUGCGCGACGCGACAGUCUACUCUCUGCGCCCGCUUCGCUGCACACGCUCUCUCCGCGCGCGAUCCUCGCACUCGUGCACCACGCUUCGCUCGAGAUUCCACGUCUACGCGACCGACGCACGGCACUCCUCCGCCCGAAGGGAUCAGCUGUUCGCUUCGGACCGCACCUUUCCACCCUCUCGACGUCGCCAAGGGUACGCGAAGAAUCCAGACCGAGCGCAAAAUGAGGGAGAUCGUUCAUCUUCAGGCUGGACAAUGCGGAAAUCAGAUUGGCGCGAAGUUCUGGGAAGUGAUCUCCGAGGAGCACGGGAUCGAUCAGUCCGGGAUCUAUCACGGGGACAGCGACCUGCAGCUGGAACGAAUCUCCGUGUACUACAACGAGGCUUCCGUCGCGACGUCCACCAAUGGAGGAGGAAGUUUUAGUGGAGGCAAAUAUGUACCGAGAGCUAUUCUGCUGGAUCUCGAGCCAGGCACCAUGGACGCCGUUCGUUCAGGCGCCUAUGGGAAGCUCUUCAGGCCCGACAAUUUCGUGUUCGGGCAGUCAGGGGCUGGCAACAACUGGGCCAAAGGUCACUACACCGAGGGAGCCGAAUUAGUCGACUCUGUGCUCGAUGUGGUCAGAAAGGAAUGCGAGAACUGCGACUGUCUGCAAGGCUUCCAGCUCACCCACUCCUUGGGAGGAGGCACUGGAUCUGGAAUGGGCACUCUGCUCAUCUCCAAGAUCCGCGAGGAGUAUCCCGACAGGAUCAUGAACACUUACUCGGUGAUGCCGUCGCCUAAAGUGUCCGACACCGUGGUGGAGCCUUAUAACGCCACUCUGUCGGUUCACCAGCUGGUGGAGAACACCGACGAGACCUACUGCAUCGACAACGAAGCCCUUUACGACAUCUGCUUCCGCACCCUGAAGGUCUCGAAUCCCAGCUACGGGGACCUGAACCACCUGGUCUCGCUGACCAUGUCCGGCGUAACGACUUGUCUCAGGUUUCCAGGCCAACUGAACGCGGAUCUGAGGAAGCUGGCGGUGAAUAUGGUGCCAUUCCCGCGUCUACACUUCUUCAUGCCCGGUUUCGCCCCGUUGACGUCCAGGUCCAUGCAGCAGUACUCUGCGCUCUCUGUGCCAGAGCUCACGCAACAGAUGUUCGACGCGAAGAACAUGAUGGCUGCCUGCGAUCCGAGACACGGCAGGUAUCUGACGGUGGCUGCCGUCUUCCGUGGAAGGAUGUCGAUGAAGGAGGUGGACGAGCAAAUGUUAAGCGUCCAGAACAAGAACAGCUCGUACUUCGUCGAGUGGAUACCUAACAACGUAAAGACUGCCGUCUGUGACAUCCCCCCAAAGGGCCUCAAGAUGUCCUCCACCUUUAUUGGAAACACCACUGCCAUUCAAGAGUUGUUCAAGAGGAUCUCCGAGCAGUUCACCGCCAUGUUCAGAAGGAAGGCGUUCUUACAUUGGUACACGGGCGAGGGGAUGGACGAGAUGGAGUUCACAGAGGCGGAAUCCAACAUGAACGACUUGGUCUCGGAAUACCAACAGUACCAAGAAGCCACAGCUGAAGAGGACUUCGAGGCUGAGGAAUGCGCCGACGACUUCGAGACCUGCGAGCAGGAGUAGAUCUGCAGACAAGAAUUGGGAGUUUCUGGCUUCGAUCACUCUCGUUCCUCUGAUUUCGUUUCUAGCUGAGAUGAGCAAAGUUCUGUUCUUCUCGGCAAUCACUGUUCUAUUCUAUUCCAUGUCGUUCGCUCGAUUCAAAAUUUCAUUUCAUUUUAGAAGCGAAAUUGCAGUAAUUCGAAAUUUCUAUCGAGAAUUUUGCUCAUCUCUGGUCUCUGUCUCUGCUCUUUUCAGCUUCGUCGAGGCGAGUCUGCGACGCGUUCGAGGAGCUCUUUUUAUACUUUUAUAUAUACACGAUACUCCUUUUUUUUUUUUUAUAUAUGUAUAAAUACUCGCAAAGAUGCAGCGUCCAGUACAAGCGUCUCAACGUUGUGCUUUCUGGAGAUUCUUAAACGCUACGUUUGGAUCCUUGAACAGCGUCGAGGACGACUGCGCGAGAUCGCUCGACGGGAUACUCUAGAAGGGAUACUCUAGAAGGGAUACUCUAGAAGAAUGGAACGAGUGUCCAAGGGCUCGUAGGAGACAAUCGGCAACGACCAAACACCAAAGCACCUCAACCAAAAAUCUGCCUUCUUCGUUACAUCCACAGAACUUAUAUAGUAUGCGUAUAACCGUGGCACGCGUUUUAAUGUAGCGCAAGUUUGUUCCUUACGAA